UUUUUAUAAAAUUUUAUCAUUUUAAAAUUUUAUAAAUGUUUAUCAUUAGAAAUACAGAGCUGGAAUGCACAGUUAUGUGAAUAAAGUUCAAAAUAAUUUUAAAAAAUGGCAAAGUAUUUUCCUUCUAUUGAAGAAGAGCAUGUUAAGUUUGUUUGGAAAAGUGAGCCCAUAAAAGAAAAGCGAUCUGUUUUCUACAAUUCUUGUUUGAUAAAUGAUCAUUUAAUAAACAUUGGCGAUAGUGUGCUUGUCAAACAAAGUGAUGGAGGGUUUGCUGUUGGUGUAUUAAUAAAGUUGUUCGAGGAUCUUAGUGAAAAUCCUUUUAGAGCAAAGUUAAAGUGGUAUUAUAAAUACUCAGAAAUACCCAAAAAAAUACGAGCUGCUUGGGAAUUGCAAGGAAAUAAAGAACUAGGUGAACAUGAGUUGUUUGAAAUUUCAGAAGAUUCAAUGUUGUCACCAUAUGAAGAAAUAGAUGCAGAAACCAUUUACAAAUCUUGCGAUGUUCAAAUUGUGCCAUCUGAUUUCUCAUUGCAAGGAAAUGAUAGUACAAAAUAUUAUAUAAGAUAUAAGUUGACUAAAACAGGUUUAGUAAGUAUAAUUAAUACUGUAAACCAACAAAAAAACUUAUCAUCAACAAAAUUGAAUCAAUCACUUAAGCUGAAAAAUAAAUCUGGUGGAGCUGAAAAAGUUUCAAGUCCAGACAAGUUAAAAAGUUCCUGUAAUAUUUCCUUGAAAACACCUGUUAUAGAUAUGGGAUGUAAAGUUAAAAAAAGAACACUUAUCAAUGACAAAGGAUGUUAUGUUGAUAAAAAUAAAGAAACACACAAAAUGUCUCCUAAUAAGAAAGCUACAGAUUCUUUAUUCAAAAAUAUUUUGAUAGAAAAAAAUAGGAGUAAAAAGGCAGGAAAAAAACUUUACACUACUGAAGACGUUAUUAAUAAUGUUAACAAUUCAGAUGACAAUGAAGUAUUGAGUGAAAUAUCUGAAAGUGACAGCAGCUCAGUUUGCUCUACUAAACAACAAAGUACUGAUGUUUUAAUUGCUAGCAAUAGUUUUCAACAAGACAAUACAAAAUUAAACUUAACCAAAAAUAGUGAUUUUAGACAAAUGAGCUCUAGACCUAGAAGAACGUUUACUUCAAUAAGUGAAAAAGUUACAAAUGUGUCUUCUUUAAAAAAAGAUGUGGCAAAUAAAAGUUUGUUAUUGGACAAUACAAUUGAGCUUUCUAGUUCCAAGUCAAAUAAAAAAGUAAAAUUGAGUAAUAAUAAACAGAUUAAAAAUAAAACUAAUAUCACAUUUGAUUUGUCAUCUUGUGAUAGUGAUGAAGAUUUUGAUGUUGAAAGUGAGGAUACAGAGAGCGAUGAAAAAAACAACAAUUUACAAAAAAGUCAUAAAAAGAAGAUUGGUAAGCAAACUAAAAACACUCCUGGCAGUUUUAAAAAAGUUCUUAAAAGUCAAGGAUUAGCUUCAACUCCUCUUUUAAGCGAAAGAAGUAAACCUCUUCUGGAUGCUAAGACCCCACUAGAAAAAGCAAGGAAAAGACUUCAUGUAUCUGCUGUUUGUAUGUAUAUAUCUGGUGUCCCAGGAACUGGAAAGACAGCAACUGUGCAUGAAGUUAUUCGAAGAUUGAAAUCAGAUUAUUCUGAUAUGGUUCCAUGUUUUAAAUUUAUUGAAAUUAAUGGAAUGAAACUAACCAAUCCUAACCAGGCUUAUAGUGCGAUACUAAAAUUACUAACUGGUCAGAAAGCAACUCCAGAUCAUGCCGCAUCACUAUUAGAAAAAAAAUUUUGCAAUCCUGAACCUAAAAAAGACCAUGUUGUUAUUUUAGUUGAUGAAUUGGAUUUGUUAUGGACUCGUAAGCAAAAUGUCAUGUAUAACUUGUUUGAUUGGCCAGCCAGACAGCAUUCACGUCUUGUCAUUCUUGCUGUUGCCAACACUAUGGAUUUACCAGAAAGAGUAAUGAUGAAUCGUGUUUCAAGUCGAUUAGGGUUGACUCGAAUUACUUUUCAACCUUAUAACUUUAAGCAACUGCAAGAAAUUGUUCUUUCAAGAAUUACUGGCAUUGAAGCAUUUGAAGAGCAUGCAUUGCAGUUAGUUGCUCGAAAGGUAGCUGCAGUUUCUGGAGAUGCCCGUCGUUGCCUCGAUAUUUGUAGACGAGCAGUAGAAAUUGCUGAGAUGUCUAAUGAGAAAAAAAAUCCUUUAAAAGGAAUUGUUGGAAUGAAACAUGUUGAAAUAGCUCUUAAAGAAAUGUUUUCAUCUCCAAAGAUUUUGGCUCUUCAGAGUCUUUCUACAAUGGAAGUUUUAUUUAUGAAAGCAGUUAUUAGCGAGUUUCGCAGAACAGGUUUAGAAGAAGCUCUCUUUUUUGAGGUGUUUGAGCAAUUUCGUUCACAUUGUCAAAUUGAAGGUUUUUUUACUCCAAAUGCAUCUGAAGCAUUUGCAAUAUGUUCUAGUUUAAAUGCUUGCAAGUUUCUUUUGGUUGAACCUGGAUAUAAAGACAUUUACCAAAGAAUUCGUCUUAAUGUCAAUAAAGAUGAUGUUAUGUUUGCAUUUAAAUGUAGCGAGAACAAAUAAAUUUCUAUGCACAUUUUAGAUUUUUAA